UCGUAUCUUUGUUCAAUACAAUUUAUUACUGUUUUAGCAAUCAAUAUUAUAGAUGGUUUACUUUAUCUAAUAAUAAAUUAAUAUUUAUUUGAAAACAAAUGCAUAACAACUGCGUAACGAUAAAUGUAUUAUCUAUCAUUAGCAAGUAUUAACCUUAGACAUAGUAUCACAUAGAGUGGACAUCGAUAGUAAUGUUAUAUUUUUCCCGUUGUAAGAUCAGUGUUUCCUGCCAUAUCGACAAACUUCGGAGAUAGCAUAAUUAAAAUCUCAAAUGAGAAGAACAAAAAUAAAGAAAAUAUACCUCGAAGAAUUGAAUUAUCCAUAUUGUAUAAAUUGCCAUAAUUAUAUAAUUUAGUGUAUCAUCAAAAUAGUUGCUUAUGAAGAGUAAAGAAAUUGAAUGUUUUUGAAGGCAUAUAAAAUAUAAUAAAAAUCUAUAUACUUAAUUAAAAUAUGAGCAAGAUAAACAAUACAGAAAUCAAUACUUCAAAAGUAAAAAAUGUAAAAAAUAAUUUACGACGGGAUCAUGAAAUAGAUAAUCCAUGUCUAAAGGAACACGAUUUAUCUUUACAAUGCUUGAGUGAUAAUAAUUAUAUUCGUGAUGCUUGCCAAACUUACUUCCAAAAUUAUAGGAUUUGUCAAAAAUUCUGGCAAAAAAUAGUGAUUGAUCGUAAAAGAAAAAAUAUCAAACCUUAUCUUCCAUCUCCAGAAGAUCGAGAAAAUGUUAAGAAUGAAUAUCUCAAAUUUAAUAUUAAAUAGUAAUUAAUCAUGUAUAUGUAUUCAUAUACAUUUCAGAAGAAAUGUUCCAGUGAUUACCAUUUAAAUUAUUGAUUUUAAUAAAGUUUGCAUGUACAAAUGUAUUAUUUAAAAUACAAUUGUUAUUACAGCAAAA